AUGUUUGGAGAGAUUUCGAUAAUUGUUUUGCGGCUGCUGUGGCGUGUCGCAAAUAGGAACCGCCGUGGCCACACCGCCAUUCCGGUCGUCACAAUAUCAAGCCGAACCGUCGUGAUCAGAAAAGGCUGCAUAAAACUCGGCUCCGGCUGGAAUUUCCUUGUUGACUACUCGUUUGAGACACCACAUGCGAUAUAUGUAGGCAAUUUCAGCCGUGUCGAUGAUGUUCAAGCCGCACCAAUUCAAUUCACGUUUUCCAAUAAUAAGUUAAAGGCUUCCCCUAAUAUGAUAGAUCUUCCCGGCGAUAGAUAUCCUACCUGGUUAAAUAAGUCGCUUAUUAUUCCCGAUCUAUUAUCUGCACUUAAGACUAUUAAAAUAGUUAAUAGUACAGACAGUGCUAGUAACUAUAUCUCGGACUUUAUAUACUACGGAUCGUUCUUUAUGGCUAAGGAGAAUAGAGGAAUGCUUUCUCUCUGGUAUAGAUAA